AUGUCCGGACUUUGGGCUCAAGUAGUAACUCAAUACGGCACCUUCAAGGUUGAAAUCAUUGGAUCUCUCGCUAUCCAGGUCCUCUUCUGGUGGGUUCCUUCUGCCGGCUUUGUUUUGCUUGAUCGACUCGCGCCUUCGUUUGCUGCAAAACACAAGAUUCAGCCUGCACCGAAGCAGCCGACAUCAUCUGAAAUCUUUGAUGCGGUCCUUAUUUCCUUCAGAAAUCAACUGAUUAUAACCGGACUACAAGUUACCCCGGCUAUUCUCUCAACCAGAUCCUCCGCCUUUCAGAUCACACCAUCGUUACCAUCUACAAAGGAUUUUAUUCUUCAUUUCUUAAUCUGUCUGAUUGCACGAGAGAUUUUAUUCUAUUACGCUCAUCGACUUCUCCAUUUACCUUACCUAUAUCGCCGCAUCCACAAGAUUCAUCACAAGUUCACUGCGCCAGUGUCAUUCGCAUCACAGUAUGCUCACCCUGUUGAGCACAUUGUAGCAAACACGAUUCCCAUUGUCCUUCCACCUGUACUAUUGCAGACUCAUAUCCUGACAAUGUGGGCGUUUGUUUCCUGGCAGCUCAUCGAGACGGCGACCGUCCAUAGUGGCUAUGAUUUCUUCGGAGGUGCGGCAUAUCGUCAUGAUCGACAUCAUGAGAGGUUCAAUGUUCAUUUUGGAGGCAUGCCGUGGUUGGACCGGUUGCACGGUACUGAUGAAAUUGAAGGGUUGGUGAAGAAACAUAAUUGA